AUGGCAGCCAUUUCCUCUUUAUGUCUUGACGAUUACACGGUCGGAUGGAUAUGCGCUUUACCCGUGGAGAUGGCAGCCGCAAAGUUAAUGUUGGACGCAAUACACCCGAGUUUACCCCGCCCGCCGACAGACCAAAACAGCUAUAUCCUGGGAAAUAUCGGGGAUCACAACAUCGUCAUUGCCAGCUUACCAAGCGGUGCAUAUGGAAAUGUAUCAGCGGCCACAGUGGCAAUGCAGUUGCUCUCGAGCUUCCACUCCAUCCGGUUCGGCCUGAUGGUUGGUAUCGGUGGAGGUGUACCAAGCAGCAAGGCGGACAUUCGACUAGGCGAUAUUGUGGUGAGCCAGCCAGCAGAUAUGUUCGGAGGCGUGAUCCAAUACGAUCUGGGGAAAGCGUUGAGCGGCGGGUAA